GUGCUACAAAGUAUACAGAUAAAGACAAUGGAGGAAUGCUUGUGUGGUCUCCAUAUCACAGUAUCCCAGAUGCCAAAUGCCCAGGAAGACUGAAAAUACCUAGGAUCUGAUGGCAUUGCUGCUUAAAUCCUCAAGCAGGGGAGGGAGUUACUAUGUAGACAUCUGCACAGGCUUUUCCUCAGUAUAUGGAGCUGUAAAGAAAUGCCUUCAAACUUCAAAGAGCCCACUAUCAUUACCAUUUUAAAGAGGAAAGGGGAAAGAACUGACUUCAGCAGCCAUCAAUCAGGUCAUCUUUGAGCUCUCCAUUUCUGGACGGAGACCUUCUGGAUCAUUGACCAUGCACUUCUUGAAUCAUGGUGUGGCUUUAGACUUCAAUGUGAUGUAGCGGACCUGAUCCUUUGCGGCACAUCAGAUAUAGGAAACGUGCAGUGGAUGAAUAUAUUGCAAUUGCAAAGGAGAAACAUGGAUACAAUGUGGAACAGGCACUUGGCAUGUUGUUCUGGCAUAAACAUAACAUUGAGAAGUCCCUUGCUGAUCUCCCUAAUUUCACUCCCUUUCCGGAUGAGUGGACAGUGGAAGAUAAAGUCCUGUUUGAACAAGCCUUUAGUUUUCAUGGGAAGAGCUUUCACAGGAUUCAGCAAAUGCUUCCAGAUAAGACAAUUGCUAGCCUUGUAAAAUAUUACUAUUCCUGGAAAAAAACUCGAUCCAGGACAAGCUUGAUGGAUCGCCAGGCUCGUAAACUAGCUAAUAGACAUAAUCAGGGUGACAGUGAUGAUGAUGUGGAAGAAACACACCCAAUGGAUGGAAAUGAUAGUGAUUAUGAUCCAAAAAAAGAAGCCAAGAAAGAGGGUAAUACUGAGCAACCUGUCCAAACUAGCAAGAUUGGACUUGGAAGGAGAGAGUAUCAGAGUUUACAACACCGCCAUCAUUCUCAGCGUUCUAAGUGCCGUCCACCUAAGGGCAUGUAUUUAACCCAGGAAGAUGUGGUAGCUGUUUCCUGUAGUCCCAAUGCAGCCAACACCAUCCUGCGGCAGCUGGACAUGGAGCUGAUCUCUUUAAAGCGUCAGGUUCAGAAUGCUAAGCAAGUGAACAGUGCACUUAAACAGAAAAUGGAAGGUGGAAUUGAAGAAUUCAAACCUCCUGAGUCAAAUCAGAAAAUUAAUGCCCGUUGGACCACAGAGGAGCAGCUUCUAGCAGUGCAAGGUGUCCGCAAAUAUGGUAAAGAUUUUCAAGCUAUUGCAGAUGUAAUUGGCAACAAGACUGUUGGCCAAGUGAAGAACUUCUUUGUAAACUACAGGCGUCGGUUUAACUUAGAGGAGGUAUUGCAGGAGUGGGAAGCAGAACAAGGAACCCAGGCUUCUAAUGGUGAUGCUUCUACUUUAGGGGAGGAGACAAAAAGUGCUUCUAAUGUGCCAUCAGGGAAGAGCACUGAUGAAGAAGAGGAGGCACAGACCCCACAGGCUCCUCGGACUCUGGGUCCAUCACCUCCUGCCCCAUCAUCCACUCCAACACCAACAGCCCCCAUUGCCACUCUGAACCAGCCUCCACCACUUCUUCGUCCAACACUGCCUGCUGCCCCUGCUCUUCACCGGCAGCCUCCUCCACUCCAGCAGCAGGCUCGGUUCAUCCAGCCCCGGCCAACUUUAAAUCAGCCUCCACCACCUCUCAUUCGCCCUGCUAAUUCUAUGCCGCCCCGUCUAAACCCAAGACCAGUGUUGUCCACGGUUGGUGGUCAACAGCCACCAUCACUUAUCGGAAUUCAGACAGAUUCACAGUCCUCACUGCACUAAAAUUAAAUUGGACAGAGCUACAGUAACUCUUCACCCCAUCAUUAUACCAGUGCUCCUCAGACUGAUGCAAAAGAGGAGAGAACAGUCCCUCCUAGAUGCUGAGGCUGCGAACUAGUUCUGUGGCAGUGGGCUAGCAUAAGUGGAUGUCUAGGAGAUUUUUUGGUUCGUGCAACCGAACUAAAUGUUACACGACAAAAAGCCUACAGUUAGCCUCCUUUCUAGAGUAUACGUUCAGCGACAUCUCAUAAAAGGAAAAAAAAAAGAUUAAGUAUUCUAUAUACCAAUGUUUUUUUUUGUUUUGUUUUUACUGUAUUUAUUUUAUUGAGAUUCUUUAUAUUUCUGCCUCUUCGUAGUCAAGGCUCUUAGUACAGAAAUACUGACUUAGGAAUUUUGAAAACUCCUUAAGUUUCUUAAGGAUGUUUGACUUUUUUUCUUUCUUCCUUAAUUUAAUUUUUAACAACAUUUUCCUAUGUUAGGAGUGCAAGAAUAAAUAGCCUGCAUUUCAGAUUUUGACAUAUGUUCAUUUAAUGCAUAUUUAAGAAUUAUAGUGCAUAUCCCUUUUUUCAAAAAAUCUUGCUUUUUUUUCUAAAGGAAUUUUAAUAUAUUCCUUUAAAAGAAAGCAAUUGAAUCAAUUGCAAAGCAAUUAUAUGAAACCACAAAGAAUGUACUGAACCUACUAACCCUUUAACAUACACUUUAGGGUCCUAAUGCAAAGUCCUUGCUUAAAGGUCAUUGACCUGUCAUCUACCAGUAAUAAGAGGAUCGGAAUAAUAAUUUUACAUACAAAUGAGAAUUUGUUGAAGUACAGUGUCUUUAAGUUCCUUGAAAAUAGAGUUAAUUUUGAUUUUUUUAAAAAAUGUUUCUAAAUGCUAUCUGCUUUUAACUAGUAGUUGCCUAUAUUUGGGGACUUUAGAAGAGAAUUAUAUUUUGUCAGUUAUGUGGAGAUAGUGGUUAUGGAAGCAUUUAUUUACAAUACCCUUUAUGUGUUUAGGUUCUGACUUAAAAUUGCCCUCACACUUAUUAAUAUGGUCUGCAUUUAAUAUAAAGGAUGUUUUCUUGAUAAAUCUCUAUUGUACUAUUUGGAUACAUUUGUGUAUUCCUUGCAGCUGACCAGUGCUUGUGGGUUUGGUUUAGGGUUAAAUCAACAUUAUUUCAUAAAAUAAAUUUAAGAAUUUGUUCUGUGUUACCUAAAGAUGUAUCAGUAUAUUGUCACAAUUGUGCUGUUAACUUAAAAUGCUGAGACCCCCUUUUUAUAAAGAAGCAAAAACAUUUCAAGUCUUAAUUGAACACAUAAAUCAUUAAGCACCUACAAAGAAUAUUUUACAAGUAAUAGUAUUUCAACAAUGUGUUACUAAUAUUUUUGAUACGGUGAUUUCAUAUUGGAAUCAUGACUUGUGCAAAGGGACAGAUCACUUAGAUAACUAUACUAGUGGAACUUAAGGCUAAAUGUUUGCACAUUUAUAUUCUCAUCAUAUCUGGAACUACUUCACGAAAUAGUCAACAUCUAAGGCCCUUGAUUUAUGUUUUGAGAAAUCCUGUAUUCCCAAUAUUGGAAAAAUAGUCCCUACCACUGGCUCUAGAGCCUUAAGGAGCUAUUAGAUUUAAAUUCAUUGAUUAGUUUUAAUUUGGAAGUUUAGACCACUUCUCUUCAUAAGGACCUUAAGUUCUGGCACAAACUUUUUCCAGGGCGUGUCUUGUCUUUCUCAUUGGAUCAUCUUAAAUAGUUCCUGCCCCUGGAUUGUAACUAGAUAAAAAUCUGAUUUAAAAUUCUUAAUAUCCAAGAAUUUAUACUUAUUUUUACUUUAAAAGCCACAGGGGGUGGGGGCAGGCAGUUAUAUAUCUUAAAAGAAAAUAUCUAAAGCAUUUUUUUAAAGUACUUAGAUUGUCUUGCAUAUGUGCAUACUAUACGGCUUUUAUUGUCUUGUCUCUUGUCAGUAGACCUUCAGUAUACAGUGUGUGGGACAUGUCAGUCAAGUUGGUCAGCGCCAGCAUCUGUCCAGCUGUUAAGUAUAUUACGAUUCGUUUAAAAAUCUGUUCUAUCCCAGCCGUGGGCCAAGAUGCUGUAUCUGAGGGAUGUGCUGUGAUUUGAUUUACGUACACUAGAGCACACAGAAAAAUCUGAGCUUCAUUAGUAAUAUGACACAUGUAUAUAGUGAGAUGUCUUAUUGUGUGCUUUGCAUAUUUUGUAAAUAUUUUGCACGUCAUUAAUUUUCUUUUUUGUUUAAGCAGUGUUUGGCCUGGAAGAGUGAUAUGCUUGCUGCUUAAUCAAAGGAUUAAAGAGUUAAAGAUG